GUGUGUAGACAGUAGCAGUAGAAGGAAGGAGAAAGGAAAAAUAAAGGAGAAUGAAGAGGGUGGAAGGCGAAAAGGAUGAGGAAGUGGAAGAGCAGCCAAGCCUUAAUACUUAACUCUCCCUCCAUUUCCUCAAUAUUUUGCCUAAUAUCUAGUGUUUCUUGGCUUAAAACGUGUAGAUGGAAAUAACGAAAAGAAGAUAAAAGGAGAAACAAAAGAGGAGGACAAAGAAGAACAGAAAACAGGAAACGUAAAAGGAGGAAGAGCCAAACCUUGAUAUUUUUAGUUACAGGAGACUACACAAAGAAGGAAAGCAUGUGAGACAACAGAACACCGUCUGCAAGACCUAAUACUACAAGCCCAUCAUCAUUUCCCAGCAACAGCCAUGGCAACUCAAUCAGCAAGACGUCUUCUGUCCAAUACUGUUGAAAACUUAACUGUCAAAUUCUUCCCAGGAAUUUCCUUCAGUCAUUUAAGUGGAAAUUCUUAUGGCAGUGAGGCAGUAGCCAGCCUUCCACUACAAAUGGUGCUGUACUUCUCAACACUGUUCUUCCCUUGUUGGCUUGGAGCUUCGGUCAUCAUGAUGGCUGCAAAGUUUCAAUAUGUGUCCAACUUGUACCAGUGGAUUCUGGUGGCCAUCUACACAGCACUGCCACUCAUCGAGGUGGUGCGUCUCUACAUUGGAAACAUUGGCAACACUGAGGAAAAGGUCCCAGAGUUGGCAGGCAGCUGGCUCCUUACACUUUUGCUUCAGCUUCCCCUGCUAAGCUUCAUUCUACUGGUUCCUGGUACCCUUCCUUUGCCUCUUGACUAUGCUGUUAAUGUAAUCUUUCUCACAUUUCUUGUUCUCUAUGUCGUGUUUGGGUACAAGGCAGUGAGCACCACUGCUGCUCACCAGACUCGCCUCCAUCACCUGUAUCUGGUGAUGGGGCAGGGCACAAGUGAUUUGGAUGCUGAUGGGACAGGACUGGGAUGAGAUUGCAUAUUACAUGAUUGAAUUUAAUUACAAGUUAAAUCAUGCUUGGACUGUCUGCCUAAUCCCAGAAUGAGUUUGGCACCAACAGAUACAUUAAGCACUGUUCAGUGAUAUAAAAAUCCAGAGAAGUGUGGAUUGUUAGUCUAGGAAGCAGCAUUGUGAUAUUGUGAUGUUAGCUAAUCCUUUUAUGAGUCUUCCUCACUAGGUAAGCCAUGCACACCAAUUUUAAGCAACCCGUAUUCAGAGGUAUGCUUGGUACCAUAAUGUCACUGAUGGUUCCUCGGGAGUUUCUCAAUUAUGGGAAUAUAAGCAGAGUGGAGAUUAUUGAGGCUCACUGAUAUAACUUAGAAAAUGCCUCAUGGAUCGAGUUAGAGAGAAAAGUCAGCCUUCAGGCUCAUAAGAAUGACUAACAGAUUGAUUACAUAGAUGAAAAAGAGAAAAAAAUGUACUCAAAUUGAAUGCAUCAAUGAAAUAAUACACAAAUAAAUGCCGAAUGAAAUGAGGUCCACAUAAGUGUAAACAAUAACUACCAGCAAUACAUUAUAAAACAUGGCUGUCAUUGUUGUGUGGAGAGUGAAAUAUACAAAAUAUCAGUAUUUAA